UAGCAAAUAUGUCAACUCAGAGUCAGCCAGCUCUCAUUCAUAGAUUCAACGGGAUUCCCUUUACAACUAGGUCAUCGCCAGAUCUUUUAAAAUCUUUGGAUGCCUUUGAUGCUAGAGAAGAUGACAUCCUUUUGGUUUCCUACCCAAAGUCUGGCACUCACUGGCUUGCAGAAAUUGUAAUGCAGAUUUACACUCCUAAAGUCACCCUCACAUCGCCUAUUGAGUUUGGAGACAUCUCCAGAGUGGAAGAACUGAACAAUCUUUCUUCCAAGAGAAUCAUCCCAACACACUUGGACUACAGCAUGUUACCGUCAAAUUUUAAGGUCAAGCAAUGCAAGGCCUUCUACAUCAUCAGAAACCCAAAAGAUAUUGCUGUUUCCAUGUAUCACUACUACAGAGAUAAUCCAAAUCUCCCCACCAUAGAUUCAUGGACUGUUUUCCUUGAGCUGUUCUUAGAGGGAGAUGUUGUCUGUGGAUCCUGGUUUGAUCAUUUCUUAAGCUGGGAAGAACAUAAAAAUGACAGAAACAUCUUAUUUUUAUUCUAUGAAGACAUGAAGAAGGAUCUUCCUAAGGUUGUGAGGCAGAUGAGUGUAUUUCUGGGAGUAAACAUCAGUGACAGUGAAAUCAGAAAGAUUUGUGAGAAGUCAUCAUUCACUGAGAUGAAAAGCAACAUAGAAAAAGAAAACAGUGACCCAAAUCACACCGUUUGUGCACUCACAUCCAACAGGAAACUGAUAUUCCGAAAAGGAGCUGUUGGUGACUGGAAAAACCACUUCACUCCAAAAGAAAACAAAACAUUUGAGGAAAUGUUUAAUAAGAAAAUGAAACUGAGUGAACUGGCAAAAUGUAUCACAUAUGAAUGCUGAUAGCGAAUGAAGAGUGAUAGUCCGCUGGCAAUUGAGCAGAAAUAUGAGAUGUGUUAAUAUUGUAUUAAAACAAUGUACUUUUAAAGUUACUUUAUUUGAAAAACAGAUCUUGUCUGGUGUUUUCUAAUAAAAUACUAGGAGACAAUCAGUUUACAGUAUGACGGGUAAGAUCAUAAGGAUUGUGCAUAACUAUGUUUAGGAACAGUACCGACGGCACACCAGAAAAUUCUCAGGAACAUUUAUGUAAAAAUUUAGUUUAGAAAUAUGUCAGUGAAAUUAUGUUUAAUUUUUUUUGACUGUGUGUAAAAAAAGGAGAAUCCCAAACUGUAGAUAUAAGAGUUAUAAAUUGUUAAUUGUUAGAAAUGGUCCCAAGGCCCUUGGAAUUUUUAAAACCAGGUCUGGACAUAAACACAUCCUAAUACCUUUUAAACAAAACAAAAGCCUGUUGAUGAAUUAGCAAUGAAAAGUGGUGGGUAGUUUAAAAGUGCUAGGUUUCAGAUUCAAAUUUCCAUGUCCAAACCUAUUUGUAAAUACCACUGCUUUAGAUGUGUCUAUUGUAGAAAGUUUCAAAAAUGUAGUUCUUGAAAAUAAUUUAUUCUGAAUGUAGUGAACAAUGUCAAAGAUUGUGUCAUAAAUGCAAGUCAGAUGUAUGGCAAUUUGUAUAUUUACAUAACUUUAAAAUGUUUUCUGUUAUCUCACUUAUGAAAAAUGUUUUAUUCCAUUCUGUUAAUUUAUAAACUUUGUGCACUAGAACUCAGCAGUUCUUUCUGUGUGAAUAAAUCAUUGAACAGUGACAAAGUAAAUAUGGAAUAUUUUAUUCCCCCUGAAACUCUUUUUCCAUGAGUUAACUGUGAACCUCCAAGUACAUUGAACCACCCUGAGGAAAAAGAACAGUUUUUUCUUGGGAUUCAUUCUAUUAUUGCUUUUCUGACCUCAGCUUUAUGACUGUUUGCUUUAGCUGAUAUGCUAAGUCUUAGUCCAAAGUCUUGAAAAGUGUCUGACUAACACAAUCACUUACCUGUGCAACUAUAUUUUAA